AGGGUUGCUGAAAAAUUCGAAAAAGAAAGUGGGGGAAAAAAAGAAAAUAGAGCUCCUCAAAAUCCCCAUUUCCCAUUAAUGCCUUACUUGAAUUGUCACUAAUCAGUCGCGGGAAAAAGCCCUGACAAAUUUUUCACUGAUUUGAUAGUCUUUUUUACUAGUAUUCUUUGCCAAUCCAAAGAGGGCCUUGAGGUUUUACUCUUUCAAAGAACAGAAUUUCACUAUUAGGGCUCUUCUAGUUUGGCUGUUGAAAUGAGGUCUGUGAUGGGAUUUUCCUGAAAUUCGUUAGCUUUGAUUGGUUUCUUCCCGGGCUCUUCAAAUUAUCCCACCAUGGUGAGAGUUUGCCUGCAAUGUGGUGACAAAGGAUUUUCUAGUGCAUUGAAUGAAUGUGUGAAGUGUCAGAAAUAUUUUAUUCACAGAUAUUGCCUAGAUAAGUUACCAGAAAAACUCGAUGAAUUCGUCCAUUGGGUUUGUGAUAUAUGUGAGGUUGACUUGUCAAAGGAAUUACCUUCCAUGAAAUUUAACCCUGUUCAAGAUGAGGAAAGGGUCCAUACUGGCUUUAAAGAUGUUGAUGGACAGUUGACAGUCGUUGAAGGAGAAAGAAGAAGACCAAGACUGAGGCCGAAGAAAAAGAGUGUAGCACUGUUAGGACAGGAAGACGAUGAAAGACUUGAAAGUAGACCCUCUAGUCUACUUGAAGAUGUUGAACUGGCUAUGAGCUCUCCACUAUUAACAGGGUUGGAGAAGAAAGAGGGCUCUUGCUCAGCAACCAAGGUGAAAGAUCAUAGAUUUCAACUGGUUGAUGCAAGCACAGACCUAGAGCUAACAGAGAAAAGCAAUGGCUUGGAUACAAGCUCAAAAGAUAUUGAAGGAGAAGAGAUGGUUGUUGCCAGUAAAGGCAGAAAAAGAAAAAUACUGCAGCUUAGGGUUAGCCCCUCUGAGCAAGUUCAAGAUACUGUUUUGGCUACCAGUUCAUUGUCAACAGAUUUAAAGGAGAAAGAGGCCUGUUGCUCAAUAGCCGAGGUGGAAGAUCAUAGACUUCAAACUGGUGAUACAGAUAGAAAGCUGGAGCUGACAGAGAGAAGCAACAUAGAACAUGAGUUAUCUUCACUACAUGAUGAAUUGACUUCCAAUUCUCCGUUGUCAGCAGAAUGCAAGGAGCAUGUGGGCUUUUGCUCAGUAGCCGAGGUGGACCAUAGAUUUCAUCUGGUUGAAGAAAGCACAGAGCUGGAGCUAGCAGAGAAAAGCAACAGUGCUCGUGAGGGAAGGAAUAAUACAACUUUAAAAGGUCUUGAAGGACAAAAGAUGGUCAUCACCAGCGAAGAAAGAAAAAGAAGAGGACCACAGCAUGGGCACACUGAGCAAGAUCAGCAUGCUGCUAGUGCUACCAAUACUCCAUUGUCUACAGAAUUAGAGAUGAACGAGACUUCUUGCCCAGCAGCCAAGGUGGAUGAUCAUGAGCUGUCUUCGCUCGAGAAGCUCAAAAAGGAGAGAAUGGAGGUUAAAUUUUCAUCAGCUAAUUUGCCACAAAAAGGUGCUGGGGAAUGCUUGGAGGGUUCUCAAUUAGCAUCAGGUCAUUUAGAAAAUAAUUUAACCGUUGACAAUCGUGAACAGGCAGUGCCACGUAUUGAGCCAAUCUGGAGGGGAAAUUUUGUCAUACUGAACAAGGAUUAUCAAGAAUUUGAUGAUGGAUUAGUAGCUCAUUUAUCUAGCAAAGCAUGUGAGAAAGUAUAUGAGGAGGCAAUCUUGUUGCCAUCAGCGCUUGAACUGGAAAUGCUUGCCAAAAUGGAUUGCUGGCCAAAGAGUUUUCAAAAAUCACAGCCAUCUGAUGACAAUAUUGCACUAUAUUUCUUUCCAUUGGAUAAAAGGUCUGAAGGGCUUUUUGAUUGUUUGGUUGAGGAGAUGAUGGACCAAGAACUUGCUAUGAAAGCAAUUGUCAAAAAUGCAGAGCUCUUGAUUUUUGCCUCUAAUGAACUGCCACUUAGUUACUGGAGAUUUCAGGGGAAGUAUUAUCUGUGGGGUGUUUUUAGGGGGCAACAAGCCCCUGCUUCCAAGGCGGAAGGAAUCCAUGAAGGCAUUGAAGAGGGAACAAAAACACUUGCGGGGGCCAAAAGUAAUGAUGCAGGAAGUCCUUUUGGUCCUUUGAGCAACAAUGGUAAUUUUGGGUCUGGCAAGUUUUGAUGUAUCAUUGAUUUCGCGUAGUAGUAUACGUUCUACUCGUAGUGAGGAUGCUUCCCCAUUUGUGGAGAAAAUUUUGCUACUCUUGGGCAUGAAUUAUGUCUAAGACCUUUUGAAGAUUUGGAGCUAGCAUGGGAUGGGGAAGAAUGACAAUAAAGAUUGUGGGAAGAAGAUAUGGCAUGAAAUGCUGUGGACCUUAGGCCUCUAACAAGUUCAUCAUCCAAUUACAAACUGUUCCAUUCAACUGGCCACUUCCCAUGCCAAUAAAAUUACUAGGGGAGUUGUAGUUAUUUUUCUCUAGAUCAACUGUAAAUGUACUAUGUUGUUGGGAUGUAUAAUAUAAAGAGAAAAUUCCACCUUUGGUUCACUUAAAUACUAGUACUGUUCAGAUUUUGAUGACA